GUAAAUCAAGCCUAACGCAAACGAGGCCCUCAAAGGACUAUUCUAGGUAGCAGCUGCUAUUUCCCGGAGCGCAAUAAAAUUGUCUCCAGAGCAAUACUAUCCGUACCUAUCAACCAACACGACACCGAAGAACUAUGCAAAUCCUACAUAUCCCAUGCUUGGAAGAUAACUAUUCCUACAUGAUUAUCGAUGAGGCUACCAAAGAAGCAGCAGUGGUGGAUCCCGUUGAGCCUCACAAGAUUCUUCGGGUUGCCCAAGAAAACGGGGUUGAACUUAAGCUUGUUCUCACCACUCACCAUCACUGGGAUCAUGCUGGUGGCAAUGAGAAGAUGAAACAGUUACUGCCCAGCAUUAAAAUUUUGGGUGGGUCUCUUGAUAAUGUAAAGGCGUGCACUCAGAAAGUUGAAAAUGGUGAUAAAUUAUUCCUUGGGGCUGAUACCAAUAUAUUGUGUCUGUAUACACCAUGGUAUGCGCGUAAAGUGCCUGUUUUGUUGCUUUCAGAUUUUUGCAAUAUAGGUACUGUUCAUACAAAGGGUCAUAUAAGUUACUAUGUCACAGCCAAGGAAGGAGAUGAUCCUGCCGUCUUUACUGGCGACACACUGGUGGGCCAUGAUCAUGUUCAUUUUAUUGCUGGCUGCGGGAAGUUUUUUGAAGGGACUGCAGAGCAAAUGUACCAUUCUCUAUGUACUACCCUUGGUUCUUUGCCAAAGCCAACCCGAGUAUAUUGUGGUCAUGAGUAUACAGUGAAGAAUUUGCAGUUUGCUUUGACUGUGGAACCAGAAAAUGGGAAGAUAUCUGAGAAAUUGUUAUGGGCUGAGCAAAAGAGAAAGAAUGGUCUUCCAACUGUACCAUCAACUAUCGAGAAUGAACUGGAAACAAACCCAUUCAUGCGUGUUGAUCUACCCGAGGUUCAGGAGAAGGUUGGCUGCAAGUCCCCUGUCGAGGCCCUACACGAAAUAAGAAGACGGAAGGAUAAUUGGAGAGGAUGAAGUCUAUAUAUGUUUCUCGAUCAGCCUUUUAUCCUAUGCCAUGUUUGUGUUAAUAAAUCUGAACAGUGGGGUCUGUAGAAGCAUAUAUUGUUUUUCUCCUUUCUCGUUGGAAUGUGUUGAUUACUGAAGUAGCAAACUUGAGCCGUCUAUUGAAUAAAUUUUUGUUUGAAAUAAUUAGUAAUUAAUUUGCUUGAAGUUUGCGUAAGGUCCUCAUUUAUGAUCUGUUGGACCAGUUCUGUAUGGAGAUGCCCAAUGGUUCUUAUAGUGAUUGCAAUUAUGUGUGUUGGACUGGGAAAACAACAUUUCGUAUUUUAUUAACCACCAAGAAUAAAGAACAGGUCUCCGUUUAGGAAAAAAAUAUUUGUACAACUUUUUUUUACAAUAUUCGAUGAUAACAUGAUGUGGCAUGAUGUGGGUGGUUAAGAUGCAAAUAAAUGUAUGGUUGAGAUUUGAGUUAAUG